ACAACUAGUCGAUUAUUGCUAAUGUAUCCUUCAUAUUCUACACAUUAUUAAUCGUAGUAUUAAAACUUAUAAGUUUCAUUUACAACUAUGGAUUCAAAUCAAUUACUGAAACUUUUAGAUGUUAAAGGAACUGUAAGCACAUUGGACCUGGCUAAAGAAAACAAUGUUGAUCAUCAAAAAAUAAUUGGUGUUGUUAAAAGUAUAAUAGCUCUAGGCAAUACUAUUACGGCUGAACCAGUGACAAGUAAAUACUGGGAGCUCACUGAUGAAGGAGAGUUAGUUUUAUUGAAUGGUAGUUAUGAAGUCAACUUAUAUAAUGCUGUUCCAUCGGAUGGCAUAUCUCAGAAAGAAUUAAUGUCAUUGCCAAAUGCUAAAAUUGGAUUCAGUCAAGCUAUGUCUAAGGGUUGGAUUGCUAUUGAUAAAUCUGCAAAUAAAGUGGUAAAGAAAGUUGAUUCAGUUGUUGAUAAGGUUCAAAAAGAUUUAAUUCAAUUGAAAGCAUUUCAUGAUCAAAUUGCUGAAUCUGACAAACUCGAUUAUAAAAAAAGGAAAUUAAUCAGAGAAGUAAUCAUCAAAAGUUUUAUAUUAGGUAAAGGUCCAGAAUUUACUACAUCUAUUAUUAAGCUUGAAACUGAACUUACAACAGAAAUGAUACUAUCUGGAUCCUGGAAAGUGUCUCCAUUUAAGCCUUAUAACUUUGAAGCUUUAGGUCAACCUCCAUUGUUUGGUUGUCUACAUCCAUUAUUGAAAGUACGGACUGAUAUUCGUCAAAUAUUUCUCGAGAUGGGAUUUACUGAAAUGCCUACCAAUAAUUUUGUUGAAAGCUCAUUUUGGAAUUUUGAUUCACUAUUCCAACCUCAACAACAUCCAGCAAGAGAUUCACAUGAUACUUUUUUUCUGGAUGACCCAAAAUUUAGUGAAAACUUCCCUCAAGAAUAUUUAAACAAAGUAAAAUCAAUACAUUCUAAAGGUGGAUAUGGUUCUCAAGGAUAUGGUUAUGAUUGGUCUUUAGAUGAAGCUAAGAAAAAUGUUUUAAGAACUCAUACAACUGCUGUAAGUGCUCGUAUGUUACAUGGGUUAGCUAAAGAUUUUAAACCUACCAAAUACUUUAGUAUUGAUAGAGUAUUUCGGAAUGAGACUUUAGAUGCUACUCAUUUAGCAGAAUUUCAACAAGUUGAAGGAGUAAUAGCAGAUUAUAAUUUGACCCUUGGAGAUUUAAUUGGAGUUCUUCAUACAUUUUUUGAACGUUUAGGAAUUACUGAAAUAAAGUUUAAACCGGCUUAUAAUCCAUAUACAGAACCCAGUAUGGAAAUAUUUUGUUAUCAUAAAGGAUUAAAGAAAUGGAUAGAAAUUGGUAAUUCAGGAAUGUUUCGACCUGAAAUGCUCUUACCAAUGGGCUUACCAGAAAAAGUCAACGUCAUUGCGUGGGGUUUAUCAUUAGAGAGACCCACUAUGAUUAAAUAUGGCAUUAAUAAUAUAAGAGAUCUAGUUGGCCCCAAGGUUAAUUUACAAAUGGUACAAGAUAAUCCAAUUUGUAGAUUAGAUAAAUAAACUGUAUUGUAAAUUGUAUAUUAUAAUAUAAUUGUCAUUCAGUAUAAU